AGGAUUCGCCAUCCUUCGCCCCUUCAUCGACAUCCUUCUUCAGGCGAUACGCAGUGACCAUUCAGCGUAUCCAAUCCAUCCCCAAAGAUGGCACACAUCAACGCCUUCCCGAGGGCGCAGGGCGCCGACGGCCCGGCUACGGUCCUGGCCAUCGGCACCGCCAAUCCUGCACAUUUCGUGGAUCAGAUGGAAUAUCCUGACUUCUUCUUCCGAAUCACCAACGCAGAGGACAAGACGGAGCUCAAAGAGAAGUUUAAGCGGAUAUGUGAGAAUUCGGCCAUCAGGAAGCGGCACAUGUCCCUGACGGAGGAGAUCCUCAAGGGGAACCCCAAUCUGUGCGGGUACAUGGAGCAGCCGUCGUUCGACGCGCGGCAGAAGGUGGUGCUGGAGGCAGUGCCAAAGAUGGCGGCGGAGUCGGCCGAGAAGGCCAUCAAGGAGUGGGGUCGCCCCACGUCGGACAUCACACAUCUGGUCUUCUGCUCCGCCGCCGGGUUGGACCUCCCGGGCGUCGACUACCGCCUGGUCCAGAAGCUCGGCCUCCCCACCUCCGUCCGCCGCGUGAUGCUCUACAACGUGGGCUGCCACGCCGGCGCCUCGGCGCUCCGGUUGGCCAAGGACCUCGUCGAGAACAACAAGGGCGCCCGCGCGUUGGUGGUCUCCUCCGAGGUGAACGUCAUGUUCUUCCGUGGCCCCGACGACGACCACUUCGAGAACCUCAUCGGCCAGGCCCUUUUCGGCGACGGCUCGGCGGCGCUCAUCGUCGGCGCUGACCCGGUCGAGGGGGUUGAGAAGCCCAUCUACGAGAUCAGCUCGGCGUCGCAAGUGAUGGUGCCGGAGAGCGAGGAGAUGGUGGCGGGGCACCUGAGGGAGAUCGGCCUGACCUUCCACCUCGCGAAGAAGGUCCCCUCCAUCGUCGGCAGCAACAUCGUGCGGUGCCUGCAGGCGGCGUUCGCGCCGAUGGGCAUCACGGACUGGAACGAGCUGUUCUGGAUCGUGCACACGGGCGGACGGGCCAUCAUCGACCAGGUGGAGGCCAAUGCGGGGCUGGCGGCGGGGAAGCUGGCGCCGACGAGGCACGUGCUUAGUGAGCACGGGAACAUGCAGAGCGCGUCGGUGCUGUUCAUCAUGGACGAGAUGCGGAAGCGAUCGGCGGUGGAGGGCCACGCCACCACCGGACAGGGCUGCCAGUGGGGGGUGCUCUUCGGCUUCGGCCCGGGCAUCUCCGUGGAGACCGUCGUCCUCCGCAGCUUCCCGAUCUAGUCCGAUUCCGUCCGGUUCAUGUCGUAGUAUGGGUUGGAAAUGUAUGUCCAACUAAGUAAACCAUCGUAACAUGUAUGUAUGUAUAUAUGCAUGCAUGUAUUUCUUUAGAGACUUUGCCGCUUCUAUAAAUAUAAUAAAUUAUAUUGGAUCGAUUUAUAGUUA